GAAAAGAAGAAGAAUAUGCGCUUUGCAGCAAAGUCCCCUCCUUUACGCCACACACACUUCUUAGCUUGCCAGUUAGCUUAGCGUGCUAGUUAUCUUAGCUUGUUAGUUGCUAACAAAGAGACGCGGAUUUGAUCAACACGUCGCUUAGUUAAGAUCAAGUGUGAGUGUAAAGUGUUGUGGUUGUGUGAAAAUGUGCGAAAGAACGAUAGCAGAGUACGAGGAGGAACUUUCUCGAACCAAACUACACAGAACAGACGUCUGUGAAGAACAUCUUCUCCCUGAGUAACAGAAGUGGAGCUCCAGGAUGGCGAAGGAGGAGCCACAGCCCUCCCACUUUAAAGAGGAAGAGGAGGACCCACUGACACACCAUUUUAAAGAGAAAGCGGUGGAUCCACUGAGCCCUCACAUUAAAGAGGAAGAGGAGGAACACAGCAUCAGUCAGGAGGGAGAGCAUCUUGAAUGGUUGGAGGAGUUCCCAGUAAUUGGUGUCCCUGUGAAGAGUGAAGAUGAUGAGGUCAAAGGUGAAAGUGAGGAGAAGAGAGAGGCGGAGCCUCCAAGCAGCAGCUCAACUCAACACAUGACAACAGAAGCUGAUGGAGACCACUGUGGAGGAUCACAAGCAGACAAGCUCUUAGCUCCACUAUCAGAUAGUGAGGACACAACGUCACACUCUCCUGACACUGAUGAUGAACACUCUAAAGAUGAUAAGACAUGUCACACUGACAACACACACUUCACAUGUUCUCACUGCGACAAAACCUUUAAAUACCGGAGUCAUCUGAAAAGACACAUGAGAACACACACUGGAGAAAAACCUUUCACCUGCUCAGUUUGUUGUAAAGGUUUUGCACAAAAAAAUGUGUUGAAAGAACAUAUGCAACUACACAAAGGAGAAAAAGCUUUUUCCUGCUCAGUAUGCGGUAAAGGUUUGGCACGAAGACAGUGUUUGAAAGUACACAUGAGAAUACACACCGGAGACAAACCUUUUUCUUGUUCAAUCUGCGGUAAAGAAUUUGGACGAAAAAAUGUGUUGAAUUUACACAUGAGAAAACACACUGGAGAAAAAACUUUUUCCUGUUCAGUAUGUGGUAAAGGUUUUGUACAAAGGUGUGAUCUGAAAGUACACUUGAGAAUACACACUGGCGAAAAACCUUUUUCCUGUUCAGUAUGCGGUAAAAGAUUUGGCCGCAAAAAUGUGUUGAAUUUACACAUGAAAACACACACUGGAAAAAAGCCUUUUUCAUGUUCAGAAUGCGGUAAAGGUUUUGUACAAAGAAGUGAUCUGAAAGUACACAUGAGAACACACACUGGAGAAAAACAUUUUUCCUGCUCAGAAUGUGGUACGUGUUUUAAACGAAGUGGUAAUCUCAUAGCACACGUGAGAAAACACACGGGAGAAAAACCUUUUGCAUGUUCAGAAUGUGGUAAAAGUUUUGGACAAAGUCGUGAGUUGAAAGCACACAUGAGAGAACACACACCGGAGACAAACUAACAAUUUGUAGUAAAAGCUUCAACCAGAAAACAAAUGUGAUAAUACACACUGAAAAAAAAAACCUUUUAUCUGUUCGGUCUGUGGUAAAGGUUUUACACAAAGGGACUCUUCGAAAGCACACACGAGAAUACACACUGGUGAGAAAGUGUUGAGUUGCAGUGUGUGUGGUGAAAGAUUCUCUUCUAAGUACCAGUGUAAGAAACACAAGUGUGCUGGUGAGAACAGGAUUUGUAAAUAAACUGACAACUGUCCUUAAAGGCCUACUGAAAUGAAAUGUUUUUAUUUCAACGGGGAUAGCAGAUCUAUUCUAUGUGUCAUACUUGAUCAUUUCGCGAUAUUGCCAUAUUUUUGCUGAAAGGAUUUAGUAUAGAACAACGACGAUAAAGAUCGCAACUUUUGGUAUCUGAUAAAAAAAAGGCUUGCACCUACCGGAAGUAGCGUGACGUAGUCAGUUGAACAUAUACGCAAAGUUCCCUAUUGUUUACAAUGAUGGCCGCAUGAAGUGAGAGAGAUUCGGACCGAGAAAGCGACAAUUUCCCCAUUAAUUUGAGCGAGGAUGAAAGAUUUGUGGAUGAGUAAAGUGCAAGUGAAGGACUAGUGGGGAGUUGAAGCUAUUCAGAUAGGGAAGAUGCUGUGAGAGCCGGGGGUGACCUGAUAUUCAGCUGGGAAUGACUACAACAGUAAAUAAACACAAGACAUAUAUAUACUCUAUUAGCCACAACACAACCAGGCUUAUAUUUAAUAUGCCACAAAUUAAUCCUGCAUAAAAACACCUGCGUGUUUGUUAUGCUAGCUCCUAGCUCCUCUGCUAGCUCCUAGCUCCAUAGAACACGCCAAUACAAUUCAAACACCUGAUCAACACACACAAUCACUCAGCCCAAAAGACCGUUCACCUAACCCAAGGUUCAUAAAGCUUAUAUAUUUUUAAAAAGUUACGUACGUGACGCGCACGUACGGUACGGUACGUGUUAUGCUAGCUCCUAGCUCCUAUGCUAGCUCCUAGCUCCAUAGAACACGCCAAUACAAUUCAAACACCUGAUCAACACACACAAUCACUCAGCCCAAAAGACCGUUCACCUAACCCAAGGUUCAUAAAGCUUAUAUAUUUAAACAAAGUUACGUACGUGACGCGCACGUACGGUCAAGCGAUCAAAUGUUUGGAAGCCAAAGCUGCAUACUCACGGUAGCACGUCUGCGUCUUUGUCAUCCAAAUCAAAGUAA